CCCCAGGAGCAGACCACGUUCAUCUGCGUGUGCAUCGCCGAGUUCCUGUCGCUGUACGAGACGGAGCGGCUGAUCCAGGAGCUGGCCAAGUGCCGCAUCGACACGCACAACAUCGUGGUGAACCAGCUCGUGUUCCCCGACCCGCUGCGGCCCUGCCGCAUGUGCGAGGCGCGCCACAAGAUCCAGGCCAAGUACCUGGACCAG